AUAUAUACGUAUAUAUAUACAUAUAUAUACAUACAUAUAUACAUACAUAUAUACAUACAUAUAUACAUACAUAUAUACAUACAUAUAUACACACAUAUAUACACACAUAUAUACACACAUAUAUACACACAUACAUAUACACACAUACAUAUACACAUAUACAUAUACACAUAUACAUAUACACAUAUACAUAUACACAUAUACAUAUACACAUACACACAUAUACACACACACUGUAUACACGUAUGUAUACACGUAUGUAUACACGUAUGUAUACACGUAUGUAUACACGUAUGUAUACACGUAUGUAUACACGUAUAUAUACACGUAUAUAUAUACGUAUAUAUAUACAUAUAUAUAUAUAUA